AUACGGAAAAACGUUUAGUGUUUAGAUGCAGUUUAUCGAAAGAACGUAAAUUUGGAUAAUUGAAAAAUGAACCUCAAGAUGAAAUUGAUUGGCUGCUUCUUUCUAAUAGUUGGUGUUACUAGCUCAGCUAUCAGUUCAUCCGUUGAAAGUGAGACAGGAUUAGAAACAAUAUGGGGUGACAAAUUAGUGAAGGAAGGAGAAACUCUAAAAGCAACCGUGAACAACUAUGCAGAUGAACUCCUGCAUAAUCUAGAUAAACUGGCAGUCAAAGCUGGCAUAGACCCUAUGAAAGUUGAUGACCUGGAAGUAAAGAUCAGUAGGAGAAUUCUCCUUAUCACUUAUACGGGUAAACUCAAGCUGACCAAAAUAAAAGUGAACGACUUCUCAACUAUCCAUAGAUACGAUGAUGCUAUUGUGACUUACAACAAAGAGAACAAAAAGUUUAGGAUUGAUAUUCCCUUGGAACUGAAGGACAUUAAGUUUGAAUGCCAUUUCAAAGCGACAUUGAUGGGAUUGGGUCCAUCGGGUGCUUUAGAUGGUGAAAUGAAAUCUGUUAGGAUGAUAGCAUCAAUAGAAAUUGAUUUUAGUACAUUUGAGGCUAGUGUUGCACAAUAUAAAAUCACCCAUUCAGAUCAUAUCACAGUCCACUUACACGAGUUCAUAUUGAUAGACUGGAUGAUCAAUAUAAUCGCCAACACAGUGACAACCGUCUUUAAAGGCCUCAUCCUUGGCAUCGUAGACACCGUGGUUGAUGGUGUGCUGAAAGCUUCUGUGAACAUGAUCAAUCUUGUUUUCGAAGAUGUCACGGAGUUUAUAGAGGGUAAUAGCACAGAACUUGUGAUGCCCCUAGUUUUGAAAAAUAUUGGAAUUUCUUUGAGUGAAAGAAACUUCAAUAUAUCGUGAUUCUUUUUUUGUACUUAUGUAUGUAGGUACAUACCUAUAUUUACUCAAAUGUAUAUUAUAUAAUUUACAUAACUUAUAUACCUAUUAAUCUAGUGUAAAUCUUAUGUUGUGAUAUGUUAUUCAAUAAAUAUAUAUUUUUGAUAAUAA